GAGAGAGAGAGAGAACAGACAGUGUAUUUCACUCACUCUUACACACACACACAAACACACAGAGAGAUGAUCAUCUACCAAUGCUGUGGCUGUCUUCCUAAACUACCUCUGGUGUAACCUGUUGAUUGUAGAAGGCCGGUGGUCUACAAGUCACCAUGGGGCCCCGUGACUGCUGGUCCUGGACCAGCCUACCUCUCACCAUCCUGGCUGUGCUUCUCUUCCACCGGGAUGCCAAUGGUCAAGAUUCUGAUUGUUUCCCAGAGAUUAGAGUGGCACGGAACACAGUAUGGAGAACUUCACCUGGGAAAAAACUGAAGAUGAACUGUUCUGUUGCUUUCUGUUCUAACUCACCAACACCAUCAUGGUGUAAGUUUGAUGAAUCAAACAUAUGCCUAACUGUCAACACAACAACUCUCAUUCAAACACAGUUGACAAAUUUGACAAACACUACAUGGAUCUCAUUUCUGACUUUCAAAAGCAUAUCCAGAGGUGAUGCUGGUCUAUACAGGUGUGAAUUACACACGGCUGUGGGUCAUUCUAUCAAUGUUAUCGUCUCAGAGAGAAUUGAAGACACCACAGAUUUAUAUCAGAACAAUGAAACAAACAGUACAGCGAGUCAGAGUGACAGCUUCCGGGAGUGGGUGUGGCCUUAUGUUUACUCCUCGGCUGGGAUUGUGGUGUUUGUCAUCGUGGUGAUAACCAUAUCCAUGCUCUCAUUGCGUGGUUGUAAAAGUGCCUGUCCGGCCAGGAAGUCAAGGAAAGAGGACCAAACAGAGAACCAGUAUAUGGCUAUACCAAUGACCCAGCAAGCAUUCCCACGACCCAACCCACAAUCCCACCACAGAGGAAGCAUCCGAUCCCACCAAUCCCAGGACCGGCUCCAAGCCCAGCCCACCCCACCGCCGGACUGUAUCUAUGACAACGCACCUGCCAGGGGCCCACGUCGCACCCAUCCGGCACCCGGCCAAGCUGCAGCCAAUCAGGUAGCUGUCCCGGUGGACACGGACAAUACCUAUAGCAACGGGAAGGAGAAAGAGGAAGAGAGUGAUAUCAUGUACGCAGCGCUAAACCAUCAGGUAAAGCCUCGGGCCGCUGCGCGCCCUGCACAGCCUCGGAUAGAGGGCUCAGAGUACGCAGCCAUACGAGUGUCCUGAGCCCUGGAACCAGGAAGUAAAACUCCUCUUCCCAGAGGGCCACAGUCCGACUGGUCUUUGUUUCUCCCUGAUUACGAGAAGGGGGUCGCUGCGUCCCAAAAUGGCGACCGGAGUAUGGGCGAGUGGGUGUGUCAAAAGGGAAGUAGUGGGUGUGUAGAAAGGAAUGGGUGUGUCAAAUCGUCUGCUAUAGGUUAGACGGUUUUGAUUGAGCUGUGUUUUUUUCUCUUCCGUUUCUUGCCACUCAACCAGACUGUGACACACAACUAGGUGCUAUCAUCAACCAAAAAGGGUUAUUUGGCUGUCCUCAUAAGAGAACCCUUUAAAGAACCCCCUUUGUUUCCAGGUAGAACCCUUCUGGGUUCCAUGAAGAACCCUUUCCACAGAGGGGUCUGCAUGGAAUCCAAAAGAGUUCUACCUAGAACCAAAAAGGGUACUCCUAUGGGGACAGCCGUAAAACCCUUUUGGAACCCUUUUUGUGUACCUCACAUUGAGCUACCAUACUGCGAGAGUUGGGACAUCUGUUUUUAAGCCAGAGGAUGAGUCUGAGUGUUAGAAUUACAUGAAUAAUUGUACAUUUUCCGGUUUAAAACUGAAGAUUGUUCAUUGGGGCGGCAGCUAGCCUUGCAUUGGGUCAGUAACCGAAAGGUUGCUAGAUCAAAUCCCAGAGCUGACAAGGUCAAAAUCUGUUGUUCUGCCCCUGAACAAGGCAGUUAACCCACUGUUCCUAGGCCGUCAUUGUAAAUAAGAAUGCGUUCUUAACUGACUUGCCUAGUUAAAUAAAUAUUAAAUACAUUUUUUAAAGUAUUGAU